AUGGAGGCCUCAGGUGAUGGGUCUGAGGAGCGGAGAGAGGAUCCUACUGCAGAACUGGUGGCUCCGGGACUACAACUGGACCAGGCUGAGCUGGAUGUGGAGGCCCGAGGUACGGGAGAUCAGAUGAGGAUGGUAGAGGAUGAAGUCCUCGAACCGCCUUAUGGCGAACCGGAACUCGUGGAGCCGAACCCGGCAGACGUAAGCCCUGGACCAGUGGAGGGAGCGCAACCGGGAGUGGAUGAAGGGGAACCACGUGGUGAGGAGACCCUGGCAUCCUUGAGGCACCCGGAGGCGGUGUCUACAGCCCCCGCGGAGGAGUCACCGGAAUCCUGGGGGCGCUCGGAAUCGAGGCAGUCCGAAGAGUCUUCUAGACUUCAGCAGUUGACGAGCGUGUUGGAAACCCUGGUUCAGGGGCAGCAAGCCUUGAACAACCGGCUGGAGAGAGUGGAGGAGGUCCGUUCCAGCCACUCGUGGAGAUCUGCGGAGUCUUCACAAGGGCUGAGAUGGGUCGACCAGACUGCUUUGGAUAGGUGGUAUACGGAGGCAACAGCUCGCGCUGCUGCCUCCGGCCACCGUGAUGCGAGCAUGUACAUAGCGAGCCGCCUGGAUGGAUCGUUCGUGUUCGUCAGGUCUGAGGCACAGGCGUUGCAGGACCGUGCAGCGCAGCAGAGGUCUGAGGCGCAGGGUGUAGGACGUAAGCGAGGGGUUGAGGAAGCCAAGUUGGCCGGAGGAGGCGACAGCUCGGUGACUGAAGAGCUGGUUGGAGCCACGGCGGCGCCAACGCCUCAGCCCACCUUGCCGCCAGGCACCAAGCUUCAGGAGGAACCCCCGUCCCUGCAGGAGCCGAGUCGCCACAUCACUGAGCUCCCGGCCCUGGCGGAGCCACGACAGCGCUCUCAGGGCGCUGUCCUCGCAGGCGAUUGGCUGGCAGCUGUGGCGCCGUUGAUGAGGCAGCUUUGUUCGAGUGCCCAGACGUGGUGGGCACAGAAUCUGAAGGAGGCAGAAGACCACUAUGAACGGUGGCUCCGCGCGACGCCUCAGCAAAGGUUGCAGGUGAAGGCGUCGGCGAUGGCGAAAAGCUUUGAUGCCGGAAAGUACUGCUUGGUGGAGCAGAGGGGAGUGCAGCUCCUUCUGAAGGCGGUCCCCGACAGCUUUCGGACGGAUCUGAUCGCGACGCGAACGCUGGCGGUCAAUGCCAUUGUCUUCGCCAUCCUGUGUCGAUGGCAGCCUGGAGGCAAGUUGGAGCGUGCGCAGGUAUUGGAUUACCUGGUUCAUCCAGAGGCUUCGAGCUCAGUGGAGGAGACGGUGGAGGGCAUCAGGAAAUGGAGACGCAUGGUGUUGAGAGCGAGCGAGCUCGGAGCAGUACUUCCGGACUCGAGCCUGCUGCUAAAAGGGCUUGACUUGCUGACCCAACCGGGGUUGGGGGAUCAUCCAGUCGUGUCCUUCCGUGUGGCUGCGUACCGGAAUGAGUCUGGGGUUGAUUUUGCCCCCACUCAGGCACUCAGGCCAAGGUUGCGGAGCUGGCUGAGACCCAAGCGACCCCGUGCUGCAGCAGCCAAAACCGCCGCCACAAAGGCUGAGGAAAAGGAAGGACAAGCUGCAGCAGCGCCGAGUGCCAAGAGCGCUGACUCGGGAGCCAAGGGAGGGGCACCGGGAAGGGUGGCAAGGCCCAGUCCGGAACGGGUGUCCGAAGUGUUUGGGCGCAGCGUUGAGGAGCCGGAGCGCACCGGACUCCUUGAUACCGGUGCGUCUACGUCAAUGAGACGGGCCAGGCCGGGGGAGCUUGAUGAAGGGUGCGAGCUACGCAACGUGAAUUUGGCAGUUGGCACUGUCAAGUUGUUUGUGAACUCCGGUGGAACGUUGCUGUCCACGGAAGACAUUGAUCCGUUGGUGUCGGUCGCGGAUUUGGUUGACAUGGGGUGUCAGCUGUCGUGGUGUGGCAAUGAAUGCCUUUUGACCCAUCCUGUGCGGGGUACCAUUCGGCCCUCGACCUUCAACAAGUGUCCAGAAGUUCCGUAUGAGUUGGCUCUGGAGUUGAUUGGGGAUGUUGAGGCAUAUCGGAGGGCCCAGCGAGUUGUGAUCAAGGCGCUUCGCGAGGAGGCGGCCUCGUUGAGCUCCCAGGACUUUGUGGUCCUACAGCACCGACUGUGCCAAGUGGCACAAGGUGAUGCUAAGGUGGGAGUGCUGAUGUCUGCGUGGUUGAGCCACAAGUUUGGGGAUUUCCCUGCGUGUGUCGUGGAUGAUCUGGCGCUCCAGUCGAACCAUUGUGGGGCUGGGGCAGAGUCUAAGUGGAACCGCCGGAUUCGGAGGGCUUGCGAACGAGAUGGCGCGUUCGUUGUGAUGGGCCACCCCAGGGCUUUCAAGGAGGCCUCCAAGCCGUGCGUGGUUUUGGACGUCGAAGCAAAGGAGCUUUGCGAGCCGGUCACCUGUUCGUUUGCCAGAGUUGUGGCGGAGCGGCAGCUCAACCGUGUGCUGUGCAAAGGCAAGGUGGACAUGUUCACCAAUGCCGAGCUGACCAUAUCCCUUGGCGACGUGACUGCCGCCAUUGUGUGGAAGGGGGCAUUCAGUCCCGGAUGCACCGUGGUGUGGUGUCUUGUGGGAUGUUACUCUGUGCCGGAGUUAGCUGUGAAGCCACAACGGGAUCAAGUGACAGCCCAAGAGCCACCCCAGGAGGUUUCAGGUGAGGCAGAGGUGCCAGAUCUGCCUUCAGAUGUGGAUUGCGAGGAGUAUGUGCCCUCGCUUCCAGGGGAGCCGCUGCUUGAUGCAGACCUUGACGGUCUCUGGGCCCACGAGGAGGAGGGGCCCGUGGAAUGGGAACAAGUGGAGGAGGGCUCUCGUGAACUUGUCCGCGCUGCCGAUGCUGAGCUUCGGGAAGAGGAAACUAUGAGCCGGGAAUGGGCUGAUCAGGAGAAGGAGCACCUGGAGGCUUCCAAGAUGUUUGAGCUACCGUUUGUAGUUCCACUCCCGAACAAACGGGAAGAAACCGUCUUGGAUGGUAUCGCGUUCAUGAUCACGCAGAUCCAGGCCCUCGGAUACUGCGUGACCCGGCUGCACAGCGACAAGGGCCGAGAGUUUUGCAACAAGCGCCUCCGCUCGUUCCUUCGGUAUCGAGGGAUCUUCAAGACCACCAGCGAGGGAGAUCACUAUCAGCAGAAUGGACGAGUGGAAGGCAUGAUUAAUCGGAUAAAGAGGCAGGCGAGGGUCCUGAUGACCGCCGCCUCAGUGGAGCAUCAGUACUGGCCAUUUGCCCUGCAGCACGUUGCCUCCCGUAUGAGGUCCAGGCUCAGCGCUGUCCUUGGAGGGCCUCCCACCAAUGUGCUCCCGUUUGGCACCAAGGUGUAUGUGAGGAAGGUGACACGCAGCCUCUGCGCAGAGACCUCCCGAUUGAUGAACGUGAUUGCAGGGAAGACGUGGCCCCUGCAAGUGCUGAAGCCUUUUGAGUUAGACCCGCGCAAGUUCCAUGCGUCGCAGCCUUGGGAGAAAGGCUCUCGGGUGAUUUUGGUUGCGUAUAGCCUCACAGCCAUCCAACGUGCCGAGCCGAGCACCGUCGGGAAGCUGAGACAAGCCGGGUUUGCUCUGCCGCGCGACCUGCCAUUCGGAAAUGGGGAUAGUCUGGAGUGCGCGGAACGAGAGCCCACAGUCCAGAUUGAGGAGCUGGAUACGUUUCCCUGCUCCGACAAAGGACAGAAGGCCGGUGAUGAGGAGCGAGGUCUGUGCGCAGAGGGCCUACCCAAAACCUGCCAUCGUGUCGCCAAGCUUGACACGAACGAUCGUGCAGAUGUGGCCAUGCAGACCCCUGUCUGGAGACAGCGGUUCACCGUGCUGAAUGAUGAACAAGCCGAGCAGGCGCGAAGGAACAGUCCCCUCUCGGCCUUUGUCCUUUCCAUGUACCUGGCUAGGAAUAGGUCUUGGCAGGAGUCCCCGGAGCUUGAGGUAAUUUGGGAGGGCUAUGAGAACCCUGUUCAUAGCAUGGUAAGGAUUGGGUAUGAGGAACCCAAGUGGUACUUUAUUGAGUCGAUGAUGGCAAUGGAGGCCCAGGCGCAGAAGUUCCACCGCCGAGUGAGGUGUCGGGAGGUUCUACAAGAUGCUUUGGUGACAACGCAGGAAGAAGCGCUCCGCUACGAAUCCUGGAAAUGGAGAGAUCCGAGCCGGGGAGGGGGGAGCACAAGUCCAGGUGCACUCUGGCUGGGAAUGGGACUCAUUGUCCUAGAUCAUGCGGGUCGUGGGGAGACACUCAGCGAAUUUCCUCAGGAACUUCCGAUGUCAGAUGAGCUGGCCGAGGCCGUCCAUUGGGCCUCCACUCAAGUCCCAUACUCCGAAGGCCGAGGUUUUGUGGAAGGGGAGGUGCACCAAGGUAUCAGGCUGUAUGAGCAAGGAGUUACUCCGGAACGGUUCUUGGCCCUGAGAGAACAAGUGUCUGGCACUGUUGAUCCACCGAGGAUGUCCCGUCGGGGAGACAGUGAGUUUGCUCGGGAAGUCGAACAGGCUGAAGCUGAGCAUCAAUUGCAGAGGGAGCGUGAGGUCAAGGACAGCUCCGACGAAGGAGAAGGAUGGUCCGACGAUGGCAUUGCAGCUGCAGACUGGGAGGACCUCGAAGGGGGACCGGUCAAGGAGGAAGCUGACUUCUUUGAGGUGCCAGCUGAGGGCAGCCGUCUACAUCAGGCACAGGCGUCGCCGCCGGGCGACCAAGUUGAGAUGUGUGAGUUGGUUGCUGCCGCUGUUCCCCUUGCCUUUGAUGAGGCUGCAAGGGAGGAACUUGACCGGAGCCAGCUUCGACUCCAAGCCUUGAUCAAGAGGGAGAGCAAUCUACAUGUGCAAGCGGUUGUGUGUGAUUCUGCCAAUGGUGGAGAGCGUGUGGAAUCCCUUCGCAGCGCCGCUCAACAAGUGGAGCAGGCCACUCAGGACCUUCAGCAGUCCUACGACGAGGUGCUGCAGACCCACGUGGUCCCGAACGCAAUUGUGGAGCGUGAUCCCAGCGAGUGGAUCGACCCGAUGAGGGAGGAGUACGAAGGCUUGCAGAAGGCAGUGAAGCCUCUGGACGAGGCCACGCUGGAGCAGUGGCGCCGUGACGGAACCCCCUGCGAGGUGAUUCCUGCGAAGGUCAUUUGCAGCAUUAAGGCACCGAAAGGAAGGCGAAAGGUGCGAUGCGUAUGUUGCGGGAACUUUGCACGAAGCGACCGGCGGUCGCGGGCCGACACCUACUCAGGAGGGAUUGACGCCGUCACCCUGCGUACCCUGUUGCGGUUCGCAGGUCUUCGGAGGCUGGAUCUAGGAAUCAUCGACGUCAAGCAAGCAUUCCUUACAGCGCCGCUGUUGUCGAACGGGGUUCAGAUAGUUGUCAUGACCCCGGCAAUGUUCCGUCGCCACCGCAUCUGCGAGGAGAAGUACUGGUCUGUGCACCAGGCUCUGUAUGGGCUGACCAUUAGCCCCCGCAGCUGGUCAGUGCAUCGGGACGGAACCUUGACGGAGUUGCGUUUUGAGGUUGAUGGGGCCCCUGUGAGAGUUCGGCCCAUGACCAGCGAUCCCAAUAUCUGGACCGUGUACCGUGAAGAGGACUACAGUGUUGUGGUGUACCUUGCGCUGUAUGUCGACGACAUGUUGGCAGUGGGCGCUACCUCGCAUGUUCAGCAAACGCUGGACAAGCUGUGUCAGGUGUGGAAGUGCACUGAGCCAGUGUUACUUUCCGAGACAGGAUCAGUUACCUUCAAUGGGUUUGAGGUUUCUUCGGGUUCUGAUGGGACGCUGUACGUGCACCAGACCAGGUACAUUCAGGAGCUUCUGCAGAGGUAUGAGGUUGGAGAGCCGCUGCAGGUCCCGUGCGAGGGUCAACCACAGACCCCAGAUGAGGAGGAUAAAGAGGGAUUCGAGGGCCGAGUGCAAAAGGCGCAACAGCUCGGGGGAGAACUGCUUUGGUUGUCUACACAUAGCAGAUGCGACCUCGCCUACUCCGUUUCAGUCAUCUCCGCUUGGAUGACUAAACACCCAGCAGCGGCUAUCGAACGAGGUCUUAAGGUUCUGCGAUACCUCAAGGCCUACCCAGAGCUUUGCUUGAAGUAUGGGGCCGCUCCGAAUGACAAGGGCCCCGAAGGUGUUCUAAAGGUUGAAAGGUCCGAGGAUGUUGUGGAAGGGUACAGCGACGCAUCGUUCGCUCCGGAAAGCUCUCGCUCGCAUGGAGCUUUCUUGACAGUGUGGGCUGGAGCCACGAUCAAUUGGUGCAGCAAGAAGCAAGCCUACAUGACGAUGUCUACGUGCGAAUCAGAACUUGGAGCUCUGAGUGAUUCGGGCCAGGCGGUGAUGUCUAUUUGCCCCCUGAUCAACGAGUUCUUAGGGGGUCGUGCAAUGGUGCCUCCGAUCGCUCUACUGCAGGAACGAGAGGACUCGAUUCUGAGGGCACGAGUGGUGCUGUACACCGACAACACAGCAUCGGUGGCUGUGGUGUCCCUCCCGGGAGGAACGUGGCGCACGCGUCACCUACGGAUAAAAGGGGCAUGGUUGCAAGAGCAGGUUGUUAGGGGUUGGAUAGUGACCCAUCUGCCUGGAGCAUCCCUGUGUGCCGAUGCCUUGACCAAGGCCCUCCCUCGCGAGAGGUUCCACCUACUCCUGCGGUUGUGUGAGCUCGCGACGCUCCCAGGGGAUCGAGUGGCCGUGCUUCGCAACACCGAGUCGUUGAGACGAGCAUUGGCUGUGCUGAUUGUUGCCACGUGUGCUCAAGGAGCGGCUGGACAGCCCAAUGUCGAAGACGAGACAAAUGUGGUGCGGUGGUUUUGGGUAGUGAUGUUGGUUGCUGUGGUUUCGGUUUGGGAAGGAGUUAAGGUAGUGGUGCGGCGGCUGGCCGUGAACGCCACGAACCGGACGAUGCCACGUCCAGGAAUUCUCUGGUCGUACGAGGACUACGCUGAGGGGAUCGGGAUCUUCGUCGGCGACGGCGUGGCUGGGACCUUCACGACCCCAGCGAUCG